AUGGGAAAGAAGCGGCAAGUAAAGAAGACUAGUGAGCCUGUAAACAAUGGGCCGACCAUACUGAGCGGAAACGACGUCCGAUUCGAACUCUCAGAUGAGAAUUUGGCAGGAUCUGCGCGACGGAAGACCAAAAACAAGAGGAGAUCCACAGGACAGUCACCAGAAGCCGAAGUUUACGACAAUGAGGCCGAAUAUCCCAGUUCAAGAGUGAUUAAAAGAGCACCAAAUGGAGAUGUAAUUGUGGAAUCGCUAGAGGAGAUAGAGCGCUCAAAACCGGUUAAGGAAGAUACUGGCAUUUCGACAAAGCUGGAUCUGCAUUGGGAGUCGCUCAGCAGCGAUGAGAAGAAACGAAUUCUAAGUAUUGAGAAGCAGGAAGUCUUCGAAGUGAUAAAAAACUAUCAAUCGAGCAACAACUGCAACUGCUCCGUCUGCGGGCGUCGCAAUGUGGCUAUGGAGCAGGAACUGGAACAAAUCUACAAUCGGCUAUAUGAAAGCGCUAAAGAAAGCAACUCGGAUACCGACUUUGUACUUUUCCAUCUUAACAUGAUCAAAGAACUUCAACGGGCUAAUGCUAGUGCUCAUAGCGUUGCAAGCGGCGAAAGGACAAAUAAAAGCCAACCCGAAGCCGCCUCACCGCAGUAUCUUGAGGAUAUGCGCGAUGAGGCUGUUAAAUACUGCCUAUCCAAUAAGGCUGUAGAGUCUUUGAAAGAAGAAGUCUUACAAUUCAAGCACAAUAAGCAAAGACAACAACAACUGCAGCACCAACAACAACACCAAACUCAGCAACAUGCACAUCACCCAGAAGUUCAAAUUCCCGUUGAACCUAGCCCAGAGCAACCAAUUCAUCAGCAGCCACCACAGCACUUGCAAGAUCAGCAGGGCUUGCAGCAUCAUCCUGACACAUUUCAGAACCCCUUUGAAAGUUCCUCAAAUGAAACACCGUCACAGCUUCGAGAGCGAGAGUUUCAAAUCCGCCAGCUUUUGCAGCAGCAGCGACCUCAGAACGCAACAGACCUGCAUUCACGGGCCGAUUCCAAAGAUCUAGAUAGUCUACCUGAAUCUGUAGGCCCUGCAAUAUCUCAAGCGCUGCCGAUAAUACCGCCUCCCAACAAUCAAAGCCCGCCAUCCAACGAAGAACUCAAAGAUCGGUACAUGAACUUUGCGAAGACUUUUGUUUCUUCGCACCCCAAAAUCGCACACGAAUACGUUAAUCGGAUGAUGAUGUACCCGGAUAUGAGGGCGUUAACUGAAGACCUGAUGUACAACAAUGGACAAAGUUUUAUAAAAGCCAUGGAAGACUAUGUGGUACAGAAGGGUAGCGAACCACACGACGAACCGUUAUCAGAAGACAAACAGGAAGUCGGCUCUUUAACUUCAGAUGGAGUUCCUUUGACUCCCGAGCAAUACGCCAGUAUACAAAGGCAUAUAGCCGCUGGCAUGACUGCUUCUUUUGAGUCACAAGCUCGAGAAUUACAAGGAGUUCGGGAGGGCGAUGGGAAGGGUUUAUUCGAGCAAUUUCUCGCAGGUGAAGAUCCAAUUAGCAUGUUGCUAAAGUCAUUCACAAAGCAGAAUGGUCACUCGGGUGAGCAAAUGAUGGCAAGUCAAGAGAUUCAAGAGGAAAUUGAUUAUGACGACGAAGAUGAAUAUGACGAAGACGAAUACUCUGAUUAUGAAGAUGAGGAAGAGUCUGAAUACGAAGAUGAUGUUUAUGGAGAUGAAGAUCAAGACGAUUCGCGGUAUCACCACCACCUCCCUCAUCCGCAUCAUCACCAUGAACAUGAACUCGAACUCGGUGAGGACGAGGUAAGUACCGCUGGUAAUGAAGGGGACUAUGACAGCGGCAUUGAUGAGCAAGAACGGUUAGAAGAAGGACGUAGACUUAUUCAAAUAGCCAUCACUAAGCUGUUGCAGAAAAAGUUGGUGGAUUCUUAUCACGAAAAGCAGGCUGAAAACAAUCGCCUACGCUUGCUUCAAGAAUUAGAAGCCGAGGAGCAGAAAAAGCGCGAGAAGGAGGAGAAAAAACAACGCAAGCGCGAGAAGGAGAAAGAGAAGAAGCGUGCUCUUCAAGUGGCUAAAGAGCAAGAGAAAAGACGUAAGGAAGAAGAAGAGGUGAGAUUAAAGAAAGAAGCCGAAGAUCGUGAAAUGCAAAGAAGAGAGGCUCAGAGACAAAGGGUUGAGGAAGCCAAACGAAAGAAAGAUGAGGAAAAGAGAAGAAAAUUAGAGGAACAAAGACGUAAGGAGGAGGAACAACAGAAACAGAAAAAACUCAAAGACGAACAAAAGCGCAAACGAGAAGAGGAGAAACGUUCCAAAGACGAGGCCAAGAAGCAAAAGGAAGAAGAGAUCAAAAACCAGAAAGAGAGUAAGAGAUUAGAGCAAGAGCGGAAAAAAUUGUUAGAGGGAGUUGCCGGCGUGCAGCAAGAAUUCGACCAACGUCCAGGCUCUGGAACGCCUUCCCAGAGGCGUCUGAGCACUCCUCCAGAGGCUGUCCCUUAUGGAGUAUCCAAUAUUCCCCAUAGCAACGAAAACGCCAACGAGCUCUUUCAUAUGAUUAACGAAGCCGCAUCUAAAUCGCUCUCAUCAUCGUCCUCUCAUUUGCAAACUCUGCUCCAACCGCAACUAUCACGCACAAAUUUACAGUCGCCCUCUGCUACUGGUAUGUCACUCCCUGGCAUGGGAACGAAUACCAAUUGGCAACCUUCCGAGGCCUUUUCAAAUGUAUCCUACGAUUCCCUAGCUACGGGUGCAAAAUCUUUGGAUAACUCUUGGAACAACAUUGGAGGUGUCUUUCCAUCCUCGCCUAAUAAGCUACAACCUCAUUUGGACAAUUCUGCUGCUGUUUCGGCACAGCAUAACAUGCCACCGUACUCACAAUUUGAAAACGGAAGUGGAGACCGCAAGAAAUCCUUCAAUGACGAACUUGAUAACCUCACCAAUUUCUUGUCCUCCGCCUCCUUGAGUGGUAAUCAUGCCGCAUCGGCGAACUUCCAAUUACAAGAUCAGCUGUGGUCUGCAGUGGAGCAACCUGCGCAUUCUGGGGUUUCUUAUAUUCCUAAUUCGAAUUCUGCUCUACCAAUAAGCAGCGGAGCCAAACCUCAGCGUAAGUCAAUUUGGGAAAACGAAGCUCCACUGAGUUCCAGCCCCAGCGUCGGAAACAUUGCGCCAAAUAUAUGGGGCGGGUUAAAUACAAACCCGCCAUCGGCAUCUAUUGACGUGCUAUCAAACCUGGUGUUGAAAGCGCACUCGCUGUCGAGCCGUGAGCUGAAUUCUGAGUUUGUUGACGUGGAGAGCCUGUAUCGCACAACUUUUUCUUUACUGAAAGACGGCACGACAUUAAACUACGCGAACUUCAUCAGCCAGCUGGUCAACAUGCGCUCGACGCAUAGCUGUGAAGUUUUAACAAACGCUAGCGGUAACAUCACACACGCCAAGUUUCCCUUCGGCUAUUUGCAACAGCAAUCGCAACCGACUCAAGGUGGAUUCCUAGGCGGGGCAGGCAGCAUGACAGCACAGUCGUCAUACAAGAAUGGCGGAUAUCCAAACGCGCUGUUUUCCGAGCUUUAUAAUGGGACACCAAGCACAAUUUCAUCGUCUAACCCCACUGCGGCGCCUGGUGCAAACGCAAAUCAAUUUAACUACGGUCAAACCUUUGGGCAGGCGAGAACGAACAACAUUUGGGGCUAA